AUGGCUGCCAACGAGUGUGCCUCAUUGUACUUGUACCAGCUCACGCUACGUAAACCGUCCCAUAGUGUGGCCGUAGUGGUGGGACUGUUCACGGGCUCGAAAAAGUUGCAAGAUGUGGUGGUUGCCAAUUCUACAAACAUUGAAGUGUGGAGACCCGAUACCGACUCUGGAAAAAUAUCUAAAGUGGCACUGCAGGACACUUGGGCCAAAGUACAAGCUUUGGACACUUUUAGGGUUCCCGGGUCCUCGGUAGACUUCCUUGUGGUGACAUCAGAUAGUGGGAAGUUGGUCAUUUUGAAAUUCGAUGUCACUACUAGUAGAUUUGUCCCCCUCGUACAAGAACCACAUUCCAAAACUGGGUUCCGUAGAACCACCCCUGGUGAAUACCUUGCUGUGGAUCCUCAAGGUAGAGCCAUCAUGAUUUCUGCCCUUGAAAGAAACAAGUUAUGUUACACAAUCAAACAAGCGGCUGCUUCCGAUUCCAAUGCCAGUGAAAUUGAACUCUUAUCCCCCUUGGAGUCCAUUUCCAAGAAAAUCCUCACUUUGGAUAUGGUGGCGCUCGAUACUGGAUAUGAUAAUCCGGUGUUUGCCGCUAUAGAAUGUGACUAUUCAGAAUAUUCGACCGGUUCCGCUCAAUACGAUCCAGAAUCCUCGCCACUCUUGCUUCAAUACUAUGAGCUAGACCAGGCAUUGAACCAUGUGGUGAAGAGGAAAAGUAAACUCCCUCUCCCAGCUUCAGCUCUGAAGAUCAUUCCUCUUCCUAGUCAAGUUGGUGGUGGCUCACUUGUUUGUUGUGAAGAACAUCUCAUCUAUGAAAGUACAGAUGGUGAAAAGAGGUUAUAUUUACCCAUCCCACAACGCCUGGAAGAUUAUCCCAAACUACUUCCAACCCGUAUAGUCAACUAUGUCGUUCACAAGAUGAAAAAAAAUGCAUUUUUCAUAUUGGUCCAAUCCAACUUGGGAGAUUGUUUUAAGAUUACUGUGGAUUAUGACACCGAUAGAGACUUGUUCAAUGCAGUAAACAUGACAUAUUUCGAUACAAUUCCUCUUUGUCAUACUCUUAAUGUGUUGAAAAGUGGAUUCCUCUUGGCAAACUGUGAAAACAAUAAUAAACAAUUCUAUCAAUUCGAAAACUUGGGAGAAGAUGUCAAUGAAACCACCAUGACUACCAUGGAAAGUUUACCCUCUGACGAAAAUAUCACCCGUUUCACCGUCUUUGAAGAGCCAACGAACUUAUCCUUGGUGGAUACUUUGGAAUCAUUGAAUCCUGUCAUAGGGGCUACUCUCGUGGAAACAACUAGUGCUCUCAACGAUGACCCCGUCAAGCAACUUGUAACAUUAUCAUCUCAUGCAUAUCUCAAGACCCUCACUCAUGGAUUACCUACAUCUACAGUGGUCUCUUCCCCACUCCCAUUCAAACCUACAUCCAUCUACACCACAAAGCUUCAAGCAGACUCCACAAAUGAUGACUACUUGGUCAUCUCUUCUACAUUAUCGUCACAAACAUUGAUUCUAUCCAUUGGCGAAGUGGUUGAAGAAGUCACUGACUCUCAAUUUGUAGCUACGCAGCCAACUAUAGAUGUCCAGCAAGUUGGGAAAAAUUCAGUCAUUCAAAUAUAUCCUAAUGGUAUUCGACAUGUUCGAAAUACUCCAGAAUCUUCCAAAACUACAGAUUGGUAUCCGCCAGCGGGUAUCAACAUCAUCCUGGCUAGUUCUAAUAAUGAGCAAGUGAUUAUUGGUCUCUCUAAUCGAGAAAUCUGCUACUUUGAAGUCGAUCCGACCGAUGAUCAAUUGAUCGAGUACCAAGAACGUAUAGAAAUGGGUGGUGCCAUUACCGCUGUAGCCAUCGCAUCAUCGUCAGAGAAAACCAAGAGUCCAUUUGCAGUAGUUGGAUGUGCUGAUGAAACUAUCACAGUUCUUUCUUUGCAACAGCACAACUGCCUUGGAACUGUGACCCUUCAAGCAUUAUCAUCAAAUAGCUCUUCUAUCAUUAUGUUACGAGGUACUACUGAACUUUCCAUUCAUAUCGGGAUGGAAAACGGUUUAUACGUUCGUACUGUUGUGGAUGAAGUUACUGGAAGACUUUCCGAUACUAGAACCAGAUAUCUAGGUUCCAAGUCCGUUGACAUGUCAGUGAUUGGCUUACCAGAUUCUAGUAAUCAAUCGGCUGUACUUGCAAUUUCCUCUAGACCCUGGAUUGGAUACACGAGCAAUGAUGGUUACUUCAAAUUGACCCCAUUGAUGGACGUUAGUGUGACCAAUGGUGCCUCGUUCUUUUCUGAGGACAUCGGUGGUCAGGGGAUUGUUGGUAUCGCUGACAAUGAUUUGGUUAUAUUUACCGUUGGAAGUGAAGGUGAACCAAUGCUGACAUUGGAAGAUGAUUUUUCCAUUUCUUCUGUUAAAUUAAGAUACACUCCAAGAAAGAUGGUGACAUUGGGAGAGACUGUGUAUAUCAUUGAAUCAGAAUAUGGACUGCAAUCUCUGUAUCCUAUAUCUGUAUUGGAGACUGUUCACAAAGAUGAACAUGAUGAAACUGAAUACCAAGUGUUACCCAUAAAUAAACCAUUAUGGUCAUCUUGUAUCCAGAUUGCCCAAAUUGCUUCUCAAGAAGUGAUUCAAUCAGUGGAACUUUCCAAUAAUGAACGAGCCGUCUCUCUCAGUGUGGUAAACUUCUCUAACUCAGACCAAGAACAUCUUGUUGUUGGAACUACUGAGAAUGAGGUAUUAUUGAGUAAAGAUGACGAACACAAGAGUUUCUUAUACACAUUCAAAAUAGAUUCUAAACUGAAACGUCUUAGCUUUGUCUAUAGAACAGAAGUAGAUUUUAAACCCACGGUAUUAUGUGAGUUUGAUGGGAAGCUUCUUGUUGGUAUGCAAAAUUAUCUUCGAAUCUAUGACAUGGGUCAACGUCAACUCUUGAGAAAGACAUCUACUCAGAUUGACUAUUUUAAAACCAUAACUGCCAUUUCGGUCAAUGAAAAUAACCGACUUGUUGUUGCCGACAUUUCACAAUCAACCUCUUUUGUCAAGUAUGAUUCGACUAUCAAUCAGUUUGUGCCAUUCGCAGAUGAUAUUAUGAAAAGACAAAUUACUUCUAUGAUCAGUUUGGACUAUUCAACUGUGGUUGGUGGGGAUAAAUUUGGAAAUAUUUUUGUUUCAAGACUCCCAGAUUCAAUUUCAGACAAGGCUGAUAAUGAUUGGAGUUCAUUAAAGUUCCAACCCCCAUAUUUAAACAGUUCUGGUUCCAGAUUGAAGAGUAUUUGUGAGUUCCAUUUGGGAGAUAUCCCAACCUCCUUUACCAAAGGUUGCUUGAAUGUUGACGGAGUUGAAGCUCUCAUUUUCACCGGUUUGCAAGGGUCUGUGGGUAUCCUUGUUCCAGUUGCCACAAAGCAAGAAACUGAUUUUUUUGUAAAACUUGAAAUUGCCUUGCGAGAAUAUUUUAAUUACAAUUUUGAUGAUUUCUCCACUGGUGAUAGAGGUUAUAAUAUAUUAGGACGUGAUCAUUUGAAGUUCAGAGGCUACUAUAAUCCGUCGAAAAACGUAAUCGACGGGGAUUUGAUUGAAAAGUUUACAGAACUCAACCAAUCAGCUAAAAUUAAGAUCUCAGGAUCCUUAGACAGAACUCCAAAAGAUGUCGAAAAGAAAAUAGCAGAAAUGAGAAAUAGAUCGGCAUUUUAA